GGCUUCACGAUGACGUAAUGUUCGCCUUGCACUGAUUGGUGAUGCCAACACGCCCGUGAGGUUUCUGUGUUCUGUAUAUUUGGCCUCGGGGAGACGAGGAGCUGUGAGAUUUUUGGAAUCGUGAUCAGUUCUCGACGUAGAUCCAUCCACCAUGUCCUCAAACACUCAGUCCACAGUCCCUCUCUGGAUCGACAACAAACCAAUCCACACGCAAACCACCAUCCCCGUGACCCAAGCCAGCACCUCCAAAACCAUCCACCACGCCUCCUCCGCUUCCACCACCGAAGCAACCCAAGCGGCAGUCUCCUCAUUCUCUGCCUUCAAAUCCUGGCGCUCCACCCCUCACACAACCCGGCGUUCCCUCCUCCAACGCGUAGUCACCUACUACGACUCCCACGCCCCCUCACUCAUCGCCGCGCAAAUCGCCGAAACCUCCUGCACAGAAGCCUGGGCGUGUCAGAACGUCAACCUCUCCAUCUCGUACCUGAAUGAAAUCGCCGCGCAGAUAAGCAGCGUAACAGGCGUCAUCCCCCCAACCGAAAAACCCAACACCCAAGGUUUCGUGUUCAAAGAACCGAUCGGACCAGUCCUAUGCAUCGCGCCCUGGAACGCCGCACUCGUUCUCGCAACGAGGGGGAUCGCAAGUGCCAUAGCCGUAGGCUGCACCGUAGUCUUCAAAGCGAGUGAACUCUGUCCCCAAACCCACGGACUCAUCACGCAAGCGUUUGCCGAGAGCGGUUGUCCAGAUGGGGUGUUGAACCAGGUUCAAUGUCGACGGAAAGAUGCGGCUGAGGUGACUGAGACGUUGAUAGCGCAUGAUGCGGUUCGCAAGAUUGAGUUCAUUGGUAGCGCGGAGGUGGGAAAGAGGAUUAUGGGGAUCGCGGCGAAGUAUCUUAAACCGGUGUUGAUGGAGCUAGGGGGGAAGUGUCCGGCGAUUGUGCUGGAAGAUGCGGAUUUGGAAGAGGCGGCGAGGCAGUGCGGGAUGGGUGCUGUGUUGCACCAUGGGCAGAUUUGCUUUAGUACUGAGAGGAUUAUUGUGAUGAAGGGAGUGGCGGAGAAGUUCAAGACGUUGUUGGCGGAUGCUAUGCGGGGGAUGGAGGGUCCGGCUGGGUCCGCCGUGUCAGAGGGUAUCGCGAGGCAUGCUGAGGAUGUUAUUCGGGAUGCGCAGGAGAAGGGCGAUGAGGUUCUUGUUGGUGGUGUCGACGCUGCUUCUUCUGGUAGUGGGAUCGCGCUCAAACCUACGAUUAUCGUCAACCCUUCGCCUUCAUCUCGCAUUCUGGACGAAGAGACUUUUGGCCCUUCAGCUUCGCUAUACGUCGUUUCCUCGGACGAAGAAGCUGUUGCGUUGGCGAAUCGCUCGGUAUAUGGUCUCAAUGCUACGGUUUGGACACGCGAUAUGGCGCGGUUCAUGAAGAUGUCGCGAGAACUGGAAUAUGGCCAAGUGCACGCCAACAGCAUUUCAGUCUACACAUCGCCGACCGGAAGCCAAGGCGGCGUUAAAGGCAGUGGAUUUGGGCGGCAGAACGGGCAGUGGGGACUAGACGAAUUUGUCGUCGAGAAGUUCGUCACUUGGUGCGGGUGAACAAGGAGGCCUUGACAUUGCCCAAGAACGACCAGACAAUCACGAACACGGCGGGUCGAUUCUAGUGUUUCAUUAUUUCAGGCGAAGACUACGUCGUACUCUCACAUACGGAAAAGUCCAACACACCCCAAGUAUUAGUACCAACAGUCAG